AUGAUGGUUAAAGAUUUCUAAUUGAACUGGCCUUAGCAAGUUUUAACAUUUCUGGAGUACUUCUCUGCUGGUGGACAAGGAUUCUCAAAGAUCGUAUCUUUUGAAUGUUUUCUGAAAAAUACAGGCAUUGAAGCCACUAUAAAGCACGCCUAUUUAUUUGUUUUACUUAAUGGAAUAUUUCCUAUUGCUCUAAGUGGUAUAGCUUGGUUUGUAUGGAAUGCAGCUAGAGCUUUCAAAUUUAUGGAUAAAAGCAAUUAUUUUUCCAAUUUCAAGACCUCAAUCAUUCUAUUUGCAUAUCUUUGCUAUCCAAUAAUUACUUAGAAUAGCUUCUCUUUAUUUAGCUGUGUUAGUUUAGAUGAUGGAAAUCAAUACCUAAGAUCUGAUAUGAGUAUUCAAUGCUGGUCUAAUGAACACUAUAAAUUUUCAACUGCUAUUGCUAUUCCAUUUAUAUUUCUAUGGUCUCUAUGCUUUCCAAUAUUUAUAUCUCUUCAGUUAUUGAGAUACAAGAAUAAUCUAUCAGAUGAAAAAAUAAUCAAAUAGUAUGGACUUUUCUAUAGUGGUCUCUAAGACAAAAACUUUUAUUGGGAAUUAACUUAUGUUAAUGGGAAAAAAUUGCUUUUUAUAUCAUUUUCAUCGGCUCUUGCUGGGAUAUUCAUACUAUUUGUGGAAAUUCAAAUGUCAUAUAACAGAAACCCAUAUAUUGAUCCCUAAAUGAAUAAUAUUGAUCGCUACAGCAUCUAUGCAUCUAUCUCAAUUUUGAUUGGAGGAGUCAUAUUCAUAGAUAGUGAUACAGAUUUGAGCGAAAAUUUUCAAGUUACAAUAUUUGCACUGAUACUUGCAACUAAUAUCUUAUUUAUGAUGCGAUGGAUGUUUAGCUUCUUUCGAAUUUUAAUAUUCAAUAACUUAGGCUUAUUCUAAAGAAGAUUCGGACUGUUCAAAUCGUUGAAGGCAAAUAAUUAGGAUGGAAAUUAAAUUAAGAAUUAGGAUGAUAAACUUAAUAGAUAACAAAUUUAAGUUUAGAACUAUCAAGCAAGAAUUUAUUAAUCAUUUAGGAAUUAAUCAAGAAAUGAUAACUAGGGCAAAUAAUACAAGAAGAUACCCAACCUAUCCAUAUUAACUACUAGAGAAUUAUUAUAAAUUGAAAUGAACUAAACAUAUGAAAAGAGACAAAAAUGA